CCUGGCCCUAUGUGGGCGUGGUGCCUCAUUAGUGCAGCAAGCAACACGAUAACCCUGGGCCAGAUUGCCGCCCGCUCGUCAAUCAGCCAGCCGCUGCGCAGUGCCUGAAAUCUGAUUGACCGCCACCCCACCCCGAUGCAGCAGUCAGUAGCUGGGUAGGUAGCUGAUGGUCCCCCUUCUUCUUAAAGGCUUGUCCCCAGCGACUUGUCCGGAUCGAGUCUGUUUUUGAGAAAUUUUGCCCUUCUUCCCACUCCUUCGUGGCCAGGUUCGACAUGAUGCAUUUCCUCCCCAUUAGGCCAAUGUCCAGGAGGGACUUAUGCAUCAUCGGAGCAGUCUUCAUCACGAUUGUGUUCGUGCUGCAUAAACCAUUCCUUGGCCAUAUUCGGAGCACCUCGGCUUCGCCAAGCUUGAUAGCCGAUAUCAACAAUACCACACUGGGCUUUGAAAAGAUUCUGGUUGUCGGCCUACCGAGCCGAACAGAUCGCCGAGAUGGCAUGAUUCUCCAGGCCGCACUCAGCAACAUAGACAUCGAUUUCAUUGACGGUGUUCCUGGCAACACCGUCUCCGAUAAAGCAAUCCCAAAGACGACCGAGCACGGCCGCUUGAACGACGGUGCCAUAGGCUGCUGGCGCGGUCAUAUGAACGCACUGGGAGAAAUUGUUCGUCGAAACCUGUCUUCGGCCCUCAUCCUCGAAGACGAUGUCGACUGGGACAUCAGGAUCAGGUCGCAGCUUCACGACUUUGCCCUCGCCACCCAUGCGCUUACUCAGCCCCUGCUGGAAGCACCCUCUUCGUUCGUUGAUUCAACAUACCCAAAGCCGUCCGAAAACUCCUCCGGAACGGUGCCGGACAUUCCUUUUGACCACCUUCCUGCCACUGUCCCGCCCACUUUCUCGCCUUACGGCGACGAUUGGGACCUCCUGUGGAUCGGCCAUUGCGGCAUGCAUUUCCCCUUUCCCGACAGGAGCGUGCCCAAAGCCCGCGUCAUUCACUCCAAUGACGUGACGGUCGCUCCGAAGAAGAACCUGUGGACCUUCAACAUCCCUUUCACUUUGAAGGAGAAGUACCCCGAACAUACCCGCGCCGUCCAUCAUGUGCAGGAAGGCGUCUGCACCCUCGGCUAUGCCGUCAGCCAGAAGGGAGCGAGAAGGCUGUUGCAAGAGGUCGCAUUGAAAGACGUGAGCGAUGCUGUAGACAUCCUUCUGAGGUUCUUUUGCGAAGGCGGCAAGGGACGCAAAUCGCACAACUGCUUGACGUCGCAGCCUGCGUUCUUCCAUCAUCAUCGCCCGGCCGGUCCAAUGAGUUCUAUGAGCGACAUCGGUAAUCAUGACGGCUUCAGGGACACCAGUAUGACCGAUAUGGUGAGAUGGAGUGUGAGGCUGAAUGCGGAUGCACUUUUGGAAGGAAGGACGGACUUUGUCGACCAAUACCCUGACGACAAGUGAAAUAGCAAAAGCGUCGUAACUAGGGUCGUUUUCUUCGGCCGUGUCAGAUCAGCCUUGUUCAUAACUAAUGUAUGGAACAGUUGCGCAUAGCACUACCAAUAUGAUGGAUCAAAGUUUGAGGCAGUGCUGCAAUGCAGUAAUCGAAGUUCCGACUCCC